CACUCAAUGUUAUUAUUAACAAAAUGAAUUUACAUCGGUGUGGCAGCUUCUCCUUUAACAUGUUUAAAGGAUCAUCCCAGAAAGGGUGAAAAACUCACAUUAUCACCAAGUGGAACUUUGGCUGCAAUAACCGAUUCCCUCGGUCGUAUCUUACUCUUGGACACUCAGGCUCUUGUUGUAGUCAGAUUGUGGAAGGGAUAUCGCGACGCCAGCUGCUUGUUUGUGGAGAUGCUUGUCAACAAAGAUCCUUCACCACAACGCGAAUAUAUAAAGAAUGAUUACUCCUUAUGUCUUGCAAUUCAUGCACCGCGUAAAGGGAUAGUAGAGGUAAUUAUUCAUUGAUUCGUGAUUGUGUUCAUUUGAAUAUGCUCUUCUAAACCAAACCCUUUCUGUUGUGGUGUAAGGUUGGAUGGUCGCGUGUUGUUUGUAAAACUUAUGAUAUUUUUUUUAAAAAAAUAUAUACGGAGUAACAUACACGGGAAAAAAUGAGCUUCUUUACAGAUUUGGCAGAUGCGAACUGGGCCUCGUCUUCAAACCAUUCCGUGCCCGAAAGGCAGCAAAAUGUUGCAACCGACGUAUAGGUUCAGGUCAUCGGACGCACCAUGGUCGUCUUCGUAUGUACCCUUACAAGUUUUCUUUUUGAAUGGAGACUCUGGUCAGCUAUCUGUUCUUAACUCAUCUAUUCAUCAAACCACUGCCAGCUGAUUUGUAGUAUUUCAAAAAAAAGAAGAAAAGAAUCAUAUUCCUUUCCAUUUACCAAACAUGGACCUGUGCUUCACUGAUAUGUGACAUUCAGCGAGGAAGAAGAUCGAGUAACUGUGGCUUUGGCUUUCAAUUCAACCUCUCGAACUGAAAUGGGGUUCUCUGUGUUAUCGGCUCCAAGUGGAUGUACCCAUGGCUGCGUGAGUCACGGUCUGGGCCGGAACUCGCCAAGAUUGUUUUUGAAAUUAGGGUUCAUCCCUAAUGGGCCGGGCACAGAUCGGACCUCCAGUAAACCCGCAAUGCUCAUACGGGCCUGCUCAUCAUCUUCUCUUCCAGAGCCACUUCUGGUGAGGGCUGCAAGAGGAGAACAUGUUAGUCGCCCUCCAGCUUGGAUGAUGCGUCAAGCAGGAAGGUAUAUGGCUGUUUACAGAAAGCUUGCAGAGAAACACCCGUCUUUCAGAGAGAGGUCAGAGACAACUGAUCUCAUUGUGGAAAUUUCCUUGCAGCCUUGGGAGGCUUUUCAUCCAGAUGGAGUUAUCAUUUUCUCUGACAUAUUGACCCCACUUCCCGCAUUUGGGGUCCAGUUUGACAUCGAAGAAGCCCGGGGCCCGGUUGUCCAUUCUCCCAUUCGUUCUGAGGAAGGAUUGAUGGCGUUGCACUCUAUUGAUUUGGAAAAAGUACAGUUUGUAGGGAACUCCCUAAAGAUUUUGCGGAAAGAGGUUGGGGAGAAAGCGGCAGUUUUGGGUUUUGUGGGAGCUCCUUGGACUAUAGCUACAUACAUUGUCGAAGGAGGAACUUCCCACACUUUCACAACGAUAAAGAGCAUGUGCCAUUCCGCUCCACAUGUGCUGAAAGCUCUUUUGUCCCAUCUGGCUAAGGGAAUCGCCGAAUAUAUCAUCUUCCAAGUUCAAUCCGGAGCUCAUUGCGUACAGAUAUUUGAUUCAUGGGGUGGACAAUUGCCCCCUCAUAUGUGGGAAACUUGGUCUAAACCUUACAUUGAUGAGAUAGUACGUACAGUGAAGGGGAAGUGCCCAGAAACACCGCUUGUACUAUACAUUAAUGGAAACGGUGGGCUCAUUGAGAGGAUGAAAACUACUGGAGUUGAUGUCAUUGGACUUGACUGGACUGUAGACAUGGCAGAUGGAAGGAAGCGGCUCGGAAGUGAUGUCAGCGUACAAGGAAACGUCGAUCCCGCUUCCUUGUUCUCUCCUCUCUCAGCUUUGACCGACGAAGUCAACAGGGUUGUAAGGUCGGCGGGGCCUAAGGGUCAUAUCCUAAAUCUAGGGCACGGAGUGCUCGUGGGCACGCCCGAGGAAGCCGUUGCUCAUUUCUUUGAAGUUGCAAGAGGCUUCAAUUUUUCAUCCAAUUAAUAUGACCAAGUAGCCAAAACUCACAACUCAGAACUGAGACCAUUCUUGAGGAGGAAAUACAUAUAUUGUCAAUUUAGUAGCUUUGCACUCACUAUUCCUUUUUAAGUUGGUUUUGACAAUCUUGAAUGUUAGCAAUUGAUGAGAAAGCCAAAUACAGUGUAAUGAAUGUGUCCAUCCUUUUUGGCUCUAUAAUUAUCAAACAAUGUUGUAAAAUUACUAUUCUUCCUUAAAAUUUAAAUCACAAAGUCCACUAAAUUUGGGGGAUGAAA